AUGUCCUUCUUUGGCUUUGAUAUCACCCUACCCAGGGACCGUGAUCCCUCGGGUGAUAAGCGGGGUAUUUUCGAAGCCCCAGACCCUUUUGCCGAAGUCGCUCGCGCCAGAGUGGAAGGACACUAUGCCGACGACGAUGAUGCAAUUGAUUUCGAGGAUACCUAUGAUGGUCUAGGUGACCAGCUCAAUGAUGAACAAGAUGCCUUCAACGACGACACGUUUGGUGAUGAGUUCGAAGCUGCCCCCGUGGGUAAGGACUUUGAUUUCUUCGGAAGGACGGCGCAGGUUGCGGAUGCAAUGGGCGAGGAGCAAGUUCGCUACAGCUUACAACACCCUCAGCCGCCCGCUGCUGUUCAUGCGGGUCCUGCGACAGAAAUCGCUGUCGAGACCGUUGAAACGACCCCCGCCACCCAAAAGCCGAAACGGUCAGGAUAUGAAAAAUACCAGGACCCAGGUUAUAUUCCUGACCUGCAGGCCAAGUCCAGUGUUUGGGGUACGCAGAAGAAGCCUGCUGCUGCUACUGUUGACCCGGCCAUUCCAAUGGCAUCGCAAGCCAAGAGGAUGAUGAGUCUGGAGGAAGUGGAAGCGCAGAUCCGGAACCAGGGAAUGCCCCCAGGACUUGCUCAGCCUCCAGUAUCGCUACCGCUGCCGAUUACAGAACCAUCCCAUCCUCUUCAACGAGCCCAGCAGUUUCCUGGGAUCCCCGAAGGCUUCCCGCUGCCACCUGAAUUCUUGCAAGCUCAGUUUGCCAAAGGUGUUCCGCCAGCUCAGCUUCUGCCCCAUCAGCCGGUGGUACCAGAGCCGUAUCCUCUUCCUGCGCAUGCGCCUCCGACCGCGCCUUUGCACCUCUUGCAGAAUGCCAACAUCCCUCAGCAUAUGCCUCCUCCCCCACAGCGUCAUGUGCCACGGCAGCAGCAGCCUCCACCACAAGCUAUGCGGGGCCAAAACAGCCCGCUUCCGCUUAUCACCAAUCCUCAACAGUUGUUGCAUCUGUCAGAAGAACAACGCAUGGCAUACUUGUUGGAGGAUGCCAAACGUGCGAAGCGUAACCACAAGAUUUUCCUCUUGUCCAAGGGCAACGGAUUGAUGACCCCACAGGAUAAGAACUUUAUCACGCGAAUCCAGCUGCAGCAGCUUGUGGCAGCCGCCGGAAAUGUUGCAGACUCGGAUUCCGAGGCUGUCCUGGCGGAGGAUUUCUACUACCAAGUCUACAGUCAAAUCCGUGGCGCUCCUCGUCAGCAUCCUCACCAGCCACUCGGUCAUUUUGCACAGACUUACCUGCUUCAGACGGGCAACCGCCUUAGUGGCCAUGGUCCUCGAAGGCAGUUCCAGAGCGCGGACAACCACAUGCAGCGCAUGAAGCAGCAAGUCCAGCGUGCUGUUGAGGCUGCCAAACUGAAGCCCAAGAACAAGCAGCUCAUCAUCGAAGGCAGCUUGGGUAAGAUCUCUUUCAGUAACGCGAAGACCCCUAAGCCGAUGCUCAGCAUCAAGCGCCCUGAGAGCUCAGAGGGCACAAAGGCCGCUAAGAAGCCACACACUGAUUUGAGUUUGAGUGACCGAAAAUCCAUUUUGACCAACCUUGAGCAUGUUUAUAGCACGCUCAUGGAGAUGGAAGAUAUGGAGCGCACGAUGCCCCCUCCACCAGAUGAGAAUGACCCCGAGGCUAUCCAAGAGCACAUGGAAUGGCGACAGAAGAUCCGCUCGCUUAACCAGAAACUUUGGCAAGGGCUCAAGGUCAUGGAGCCCAUUGUUCCCAACUCCAACACACCCCACCCCUUCAUCGCAUUUCUGUCUUACCCCAAGGGCAAGAAAGCCAUCCCGCGUAUCUUCCGCCAUAUCGACCAGGAACAGCGAAUCACCAUUCUUACUAUGAUCGUUGUCCACCUGGACACUUUGGACGUUGUUCGACGCGCCCAGACUGUGCCUGGUGAGAUGCAGCCGUCUCUGCCAGUACGGGAAGCCAUUGAACUUUUCUCGCAAGCUGUCAUGCCGAGUCUCUUGGGCUAUGUUAACGAAGCACCAUUCAACGUUAUUAUUGGACUUCUGGGGCUUGUCAUUGCCCAAACUCAUGUGCAGACUGUGGCCAAAACCCGGAUUGGUCUGGGCAUCCUGACCAUGCUACUCAGUCGCGCGGAGAUCGUUAAAGAAGCUGGACAGGCCACAGAGCGGGAUUGGCAGCAGUGGGUUGAAAAGUUCAACGUGCUGUUUGACACUCUUGAGCCGACCUUUGCCGAUAUUUUCCCGAGCUCAAUCAAUGCUGGAGAUGAUAUGUAUGUGUGGCAGUUCUUGGCGGCGAUUGGUAUCGGAGCCAGCCCAGAACAACAACAACGCUUGGUGAUUGCAGUAAAGGAUCGUGUGAUGGAGACGGUGACUUACAGCAAGACGCUUCCAGCCGAUAUGGCCAGCCAGCGACUUAACAAUGUCAACCUCUUCAUGCGUGCCAUUGGCCUUGACGUCGAACUCCUUGGUUAG